AUGCUCCACUACCGCACACAAGGAUUCCAAGGUUGCGCUGUCAAAUACUCCCCUUUCUUCGAUAAUCGGCUAGCUGUUGCAAGCUCAGCAAAUUUCGGCCUUGUUGGCAAUGGUCGCCUACAUAUCUUAGAGUUGACAGCGAAUGGUAUCCAGCCUCUAAAAAGCUUUACAACACAAGACUCGCUAUAUGACACCGCCUGGUCCGAACUCCACGAGAACCAAGUCCUCGCCGCAUCAGGCGACGGCAGCAUCAAGCUAUUCGACUGCACAGCGAACGACUUCCCAAUCUCAAGCUGGAAGGAGCACGGACGGGAAGUGUUCAGCGUAAACUGGAACCCAGUCGCAAAGGACCGCUUCUGCUCAAGUAGCUGGGAUGGCACUGUCCGUGUCUGGUCGCCACAUCGCCCGCAGUCCCUCCUCACCCUCCCAACCCACAGCUGCACCUAUUCCGCAUCAUUUUGCCCGCACAACCCAGACCUCAUCUCAUGCGUGACAUCAGACUCAUACGUGCGCGUUUUCGAUCUUCGUACCCCGGCCUCAGCCUCCAACCACCUCGUCACCCAGAUUCCCAUACACGCAUCUGCUUCCGGGCCUGGAAUGCUUGGUCAACCAGGCGUUCUUGCUACGGCGGGUGUUGAUCGUGCAAUUCGGACGUUUGAUAUUCGGGCCCCGCAACAAGGCCCGCUAGCCACUAUGCUUGGACAUGAAUAUGCUGUCCGAAAGGUGGCUUGGUCGCCCCAUCUUUCUAAUGUCCUUUUGAGUGCUAGUUACGAUAUGACUUGUCGGGUGUGGAGUGACCGGUCAGAGGCGGGUCCGGGCGGCGACAUGGAUGUGAUGCGCGCUGGUCCAGGAUCUACAGUGCUUGGCGCUGAACUAGGGCGCAUGGGUAGACACACUGAGUUUGUGACCGGCAUAGACUGGUGUUUGUUUGGAAGUGAGGGCUGGUGUGCUAGCGUUGGCUGGGAUGAAAACCUCUAUGUGUGGGAUGUACGAGCCUCGAUGACCUAG